CUGAUAUCGUGAUUUUGCAAGAAUGUCGUGAUUUUACAGGUACUUAACAACAUCACCAGGUGGAUGAAUUUAUAUAAAGCAUUGGCUCCUCAUAAUCAACCUGUGUCGUUGCUCAUCAUCAACCACAACCGACACCCACAGAAACUUGUCCUCACAAAUGGAUAAGCCAUCAAAAACUCUGAUGUUUUGUUUAGUUGUAAUACUCAUAGCCAUGGCGGUGGUUCACAGCAACUCUGAAGAAGGUCCCAAAGAAGUUGAAGAAUGGUUCGAAAACUUGAGCCUUGCAAAGCCAAAGUUGACCAAGCUUCACUUUUACUUCCACGACUUGAGGUGGGACUACUCUGUGUCAUUAACUUCGUCUUCACAUAUGGAGAGUACAAUGGUAGCUCUCUUGACACUUUUGGGCCAGAACCCGGUAGAGCAUCCCAUCCGUGAGGUUCCAAUCGUCGGUGGGUCUGGUGUUUUCCGACUGGCCCUUGGAGUUGCUGUGUUUAAGACCUAUUUCUUCAAUUUUUCCGACUUUAAUUCUACUGUGGAGGUCAAUGUUGUAGCUAUGCACUACUAAGUUUUGGCAGCAUGAACAUUCUUUGUUGUUGUUGUUUUCUGAAAAGAUCACGUAUUGUAUUUGCUUUGCUCGAAAGUGUUG